AUGCCUAGCUUAGGAGGUCUCUUGAAAAAGAGGAGGACAAAAGAUUCCCAGACCCUCUCUAAAGAACUUGAAGCCGGUUCGUCACCCACUACGGACCAGACGCAGACGUCACCAAUCGCUGCCGACCACCACCAGUCCGUCACCACCAAUAUUGGGGCCUCGACAGCUCCCUACUCUGCGCAGUCUCACAACUCGGCUACCGAUCACCAUAACCACUCUUCAGAGACAAAUAAAGUCUCUGAAGGCCAAGUAGCCUCCAUGCAAUCCGCUGUGUCGCAAUCCUCGCCUGCCCAUUCCGUUCCCGGCAAUCAGCAGCCGUCACACCAGCCCAAUGCCGCGAGUAUCCAGAACAUAAUACAUUCUUCCCAUCAUGACACGUCGCACACGGGCUCCAGAGGCCAUACUAGCCCUCAGCAGACUUCCCGAGUUGAGACUCGCACCACCAAGGGAAAGUAUUCCCUGGAUGACUUUUCACUUCAGCGCACUCUAGGUACAGGUAGCUUCGGUCGCGUCCACUUGGUGCAAUCAAAACAUAACCAUCGAUUCUAUGCGAUCAAGGUCCUAAAAAAGGCGCAAGUGGUCAAGAUGAAACAAAUUGAGCAUACGAAUGAUGAACGACGCAUGCUUAACCGGGUCAGGCAUCCGUUCUUAGUAACGUUGUGGGGUACAUGGCAAGAUUCGCGAAAUCUCUACAUGGUAAUGGAUUUCGUUGAAGGGGGGGAGCUUUUCAGUUUACUACGCAAGUCGCAGCGGUUCCCUAACCCAGUUGCCAAGUUCUAUGCAGCUGAAGUCACCCUCGCCCUAGAAUACUUGCAUUUGCAGAAUAUUAUCUAUCGGGAUCUGAAACCGGAGAACCUGCUCUUGGACAGACAUGGGCACCUAAAGAUCACCGAUUUUGGCUUUGCAAAGGAGGUUCCAGACAUCACAUGGACACUUUGUGGAACGCCGGAUUAUCUCGCUCCAGAGGUUGUUUCCUCCAAGGGCUAUAACAAAUCCGUGGACUGGUGGUCACUUGGGAUCUUGAUUUUUGAAAUGCUUUGUGGGUUCACACCGUUUUGGGAUAGUGGCUCACCUGUUAAAAUCUACGAAAACAUUCUUAAGGGUAGAAUAAAGUACCCUCCUUAUCUUCAUCCCGAUGCUGUUGAUCUACUUUCGCAACUCAUCACGGCAGAUCUCACCAAGCGACUGGGAAACCUGCAUGGUGGUUCCCAGGAUGUCAAGAAUCAUCCGUGGUUCGCCGAGGUCACCUGGGAUCGUCUUGCAAGAAAAGACAUUGAUGCGCCCUAUGUACCUCCUAUUCGAGGAGGACAAGGCGAUGCCAGCCAGUAUGAUCGCUAUCCGGAAGAGACGGAAGCAUACGGUCAGGAAGGUGAAGACAUGUAA